CUAGGUGUGAGUACUGUCGACUCGUUUGCAUCUGCGCCUCAUUUGCAGAGGACGGCAUCUGUACUUAUAAAGUCUGGGUACUCAGUCGCCUUUCGACAGUACCACGAGUUCCACAUCCCAUUGCGAUCACUUAGCGAAACGACCUGCGAACCACCCGACUUCAACAUGGCACCGUUGUCAAAUCUUACAACAUCCACCCUCGCACUCUCGGCCACAAGCCCAUCGCCGACCCACAUCCAACCGUCAAAUCUUCCGACUCUUUAUGUACCAGACACGAAAGCGCGGAAUGCCGUCAUUUUCGGUACGAUUGCUACAGUGCUCACAAUCAUCGGGAUUGUCAUCGCGGGUGCAACUCUCCGUAUUGCGUACCAGACUCGUCGUGUGGACAACGAUCCAGGCUCUAAUAGUGCUGAGACUGGAGGCACAGAUAUGGACAUGGAAAUGGCCUCCAUUGAUGACAGCCACGCCUUGUCUCAGACAUUCACUGUGGACAGUACCGUCGGACGGAGCGAGCCUUGAUGCCUUGGCUUGGUCCAGGUAUGUCACCCUUCUUCCAUACUUGAAAGCUCCACUGACAUGCAUUCAGACUCGGUGCAAUUAUGUGCGUGAGCUUUGCCGAUUAGCCACGAUAGCGGCAAAUGUUAUCACCGGGUGCCACAUCGCCAUGCCAAUCCCGCGAUGUAUUUCGAACGAACUGUAAGCUAAGGAUGAGGGAAUAAAAGGCUUUAGCUUAGCAAUACGAUUUGGGGGUGUUCUCACUCGGCAUGGUUGCUCCCCUGCGGAGUUCAAUCGAGACAUCUCCGGACGUUGUUUACUAUCAAAUGAAUAAUCUUCCACUAUUGCUCUACAUUGCGGACUUGUCGUCAAAACGCUCCGGCCAGGGUCUUCAGCACGAAGCCUACGGCAAACCGGCCACCAGGAUAUCUAUCGUUCGAACUUCAUGCACUACGCGCGAAGCAUACGUGUUAGUUAUCGACUGAUAGGCCAACUCAUCUAUCAGCCACAUCUCCACAGCAAAUACUC